AUGUUGGAGAAUACUCUACACUCUAUCGUCCGAAAACGUCAAAUUCGUUGUAAAUCGCCUCAAUUGGUAAAUGAUGUUAAUGAACCUAUAAUGAAUGCGUAUAAUGAUUAUACAUUAGCUCAUAUUUAUAUUAAUGAUAGUUAUGGGCCAACAAAUGUUAAUUUGGUAUUAAGCUAUUGUAAACAGGGUGCUUAUAAUCUCAUCAGAUUAACUGAAUUAUUUGUACCAAAUUUUGAAACGUUAUACGAUUAUACUGAUGAUAAUAAGUUUCGACUUAGAACACUAUCGGGGGAAGAGGAGUGGCCGGAAUUGGAUAUCGUUAUAUUAAAACAAAAAUCGUCCAUAAUACUGCCAUUUGAUCGUGUUCCAAUUUUGUUUCCACGUCCGUCAAUUACACAUGUAAAAGUGUAG